CCGAGCCUAUUGGAUAGGCUCAGGAAGCGCUCCUCGCUGCUCGCCAUGAUCAGUGGGCGCGUUUAAUGACAAAAAUUGAAAUUAAAUCAAGAGUGGUUGCACACGUUGGGAGUGUUCCGUACGCUGCUAUACAGUGAAGAUGUUCAAGGAGGCUGUGGUCUUGCUAGCCAUACAGGCCCUGCUGGUCUCUAGUGACUCUGUGUGCCCUGACAGAGAUGUGUGUGAGAAUGAACACACUUGCUGCCAAGGUCCCACCGGAGAGUACAGCUGUUGUCCUCAUCACCAAGGUGAGUGCUGUGAUGAUCACUUAUUCUGCUGCCCUGAACACACUAUCUGCCUUAUGGAGGAGGAGCACCCAAGAUGUGUCAACGAUACCAUCUCACUACCAAGGACAGCGAGGAUUGCAAGCCGACAGUCCAGCCUCUUAAAAUCUCUGCGGGUGAUCUCUGCCUCUCCUGAAAUAAAGGAUGCUGUGGUGUGUCCAGACAAGAGUUUCUGUCCCGCAGAGUUCUCCUGUGUUAAGCUGCCCAUCACCUUUGGAUGCUGUCCCAUAACACAGGGCAUUGUGUGUGCAGAUGGAAAACACUGUUGUCCUGAGGGUCUUGAGUGUAGUUCUGAUGGAAAAUCCUGCGUUCAACCACAAGAGCCUGUGGUGGCUGUGAUAUGCGGGGAUGGCAAGUCUGAGUGCCCACAGGGGACUUCCUGUAGCCAGUCCUCGGAUGGACUCUGGGGAUGUUGCCCCUUCCCCCGGGCGGUUUACUGUGAUGAUGAUGAACACUGUUGUCCCAAGGACAGCACCUGUGAUGUCAAGAACUCUAAAUGCAUAUCCUCCACCAAUCAGCAUAUGCCAAUGUGGGCCAAAUUUCCUGCCCGCUUGAGAGCUGACUGGGAGGACCAUGAUGCAGUCACUCCAGAGACAUCAAGCCAGCCAGAGGCUGCAAUGGCUAGAGAAGUUCCCUGUGAUGACAAAGUGGCCUGUGAAGAUGGCAACACUUGUUGUAAGACUACAGCAGGUGACUGGGCCUGCUGUCCUCUUCCGAAGGCUGUCUGCUGCGAUGACCACAUUCACUGCUGUCCAGAGGGGACGACCUGUGACACCGCGGGAGGAUCCUGCCUCAGUGCCACCGGGGCUGUAUCCAUGCUGACGAAGCUGCCAGCCGUGGCACUGCCCCCUAAAGAAAAUGAUGUAACAUGUGACUCCACUGCUAGCUGUCCAGACGGGACCACCUGCUGCAAGAAUGAACAGGGACAGUGGGCCUGUUGCCCCCUGCCUGAGGCUGUCUGCUGCGAUGACCACAUUCACUGCUGUCCAGAGGGGACGACCUGUGACACCGCGGAAGGAUCCUGCCUCAGUGCCACCGGGGCUGUAUCCAUGCUGACGAAGCUGCCAGCCUUGGCACUGCCCCCUAAAGAAAAUGAUGUAACAUGUGACUCCACUGCUAGCUGUCCAGACGGGACCACCUGCUGCAAGAAUGAACAGGGACAGUGGGCCUGUUGCCCCCUGCCUGAGGCUGUCUGCUGCGAUGACCACAUUCACUGCUGUCCGAAGGGGACGACCUGUGACACCGCGGGAGGAUCCUGCCUCAGUGCCACCGGGGCUGUAUCCAUGCUGACGAAGCUGCCAGCCUUGGCACUGCCCCCUAAAGAAAAUGAUGUAACAUGUGACUCCACUGCUAGCUGUCCAGACGGGACCACCUGCUGCAAGAAUGAACAGGGACAGUGGGCCUGUUGCCCCCUGCCUGAGGCUGUCUGCUGCGAUGACCACAUUCACUGCUGUCCGAAGGGGACGACCUGUGACACCGCGGGAGGAUCCUGCCUCAGUGCCACCGGGGCUGUAUCCAUGCUGACAAAGCUGCCAGCCUUGGCACUGCCCCCUAAAGAAAAUGAUGUAACAUGUGACUCCACUGCUAGCUGUCCAGACGGGACCACCUGCUGCAAGAAUGAACAGGGACAGUGGGCCUGUUGCCCCCUGCCUGAGGCGGUCUGCUGCGAUGACCACAUUCACUGCUGUCCGAAGGGGACGACCUGUGACACCGCGGGAGGAUCCUGCCUCAGUGCCACCGGGGCUGUAUCCAUGCUGACGAAGCUGCCAGCUACUACUGUGCCCUCUGAGGUAAAGGAGGCACCUUUAGGAGUGAAGUGUGACUCCACAACCUCCUGUCCUGAUCACACCACCUGCUGCUUCAUGAAAAAGGAGAACAAAUGGGGCUGCUGUCCAUUUCCUAAUGCCUUAUGCUGUGAGGACGGGGAGCACUGCUGCCCAGCGGGCUACAAGUGUAACACGGACACGACCACGUGCACCAGGGGAGACACCGUCAUCCCCUGGUACAACAAGCUGCCCGCACAGGGCCCUGCCACGCCCAGUGAAGCCAUCACCACGGUGACCUGUGACUCCGACAGCAGCUGCCCCUCUGGCUCCAGCUGCUGCCAGCUCUCCAAUGGGAAAUGGGGAUGCUGCCCACUGAUUGAGGCUGUGUGCUGCUCAGACCAGGCCCACUGCUGCCCACGGGGCUACACCUGCAACCUGGAGGCUGGGUCCUGCCAGAAGUCCGUCUUGUUUCAGGCUCAGAUGCUUCCCCUGAUCAGGCUCGUGGAACAGGAACCAGAGACGCCUGACACCUUGCACGAGGACGAUCUGGGGAUCCAUUGUGAUGACCAGGUCUCUUGCCCAAUUCAGGAGACGUGCUGCAUGGCCGAAGGAGGCUGGGGCUGCUGCCCGGCUCAAAAGGCCACCUGUUGUGCUGACAAGAAGCAUUGUUGUCCAGCAGGAUACACCUGUGGCGAGGGAGGUACUUGUAUUCAGGCCACCAGGUUCUACAAAGAUAACUGGCAGGUGUUCUUCUCAAAGAAGAAAAGAGCACUUGUCUAUUGAAAGUUAUGACAUGGCUCCAUACAUUACACACACAUACAGUUCAUUUAUACCUUAUAUCCAUUUUAAUGAUUUGGCCAGUGGGGAGUACGUGUUUGAAUGAACCCUGAGGUCACAGUGAUUUCUCAUGUCCAGAGGAUAUCCAUAAUCUUGCACUUAAUCAAAAUAAUAAGUCAGAGUUAACUCAUCAUUUCUUUUAGACUGAAAGCAUGGUUAGGUUACAUCUCCCACGGGGUAACAUUUUGCCUGCAAUCAAUUCAUAGUGGUUGUGAACAGGUGUUAUUAACAAGCUGACUGAAGACCAUUCCUGUCAGUUCUUGACUCAGUUACUCCAAGAUGUUAUAAAUAACCUGCACUGCUUAUCACUCGGGUAAUAAAUAAAUACAUUUUAAGAUGUACAAUUUGUUUUAAAAUACAUUGCUCAUGAUGUAAGAAGGAUCUCAAAUAAAGCCAUUUUAAAACA